AGGACCACCUGUUUCAAUCUCGCUGUGGGCGUCGACUUAAUCAACAUGGUGCGUCGUCUGCCGUGAUAGAACAGAAGUCAUUGUUAACCUUUCGUGCCAGCUUGUUAGUGCUUUGUCGCUGCAAGAAAAUGGCGCGUUUUUUGUUGCUUGUCUGUUUGACAGUGGGCAUUGUGUUCUUGACACAAGGGGAGCCAACUGAGGAUGAGUAUUCCAUCACCAUCAGGAUGCCAGAUGUCGUAUCAGAUAGGGCAGAUGCUCUUAUCUGUACAAGUGUUAAACUUGACCCAAAAGAGUCUUAUCUCAUUCGGUUUAAACCCCAUGCCAGCAAGGAAACGGCGCAUCACAUGAUGGUCUUUGGGUGCCACCAGCCCGGCAGUACCGCGGAGUCUUGGGCUUGUUUUAACAGCGACGGACAAGACGAAAACUCGGUCUGUAGGGACGGAGAGCGAGAGAUUCUUUUUGCCUGGGCUCUCGAUGCGCCAGAUAAAUCUUUACCCGAAGGAGUUGGUUUCCGUGUGUCAGGUAACACGACCAUCACGCACCUUGUCGUACAGCUUCAUUACGCCACUGAAUUCGCUCCUGGUGUAACCGACAACUCUGGUAUAACUCUGGAAUUUACCAACAAAAGACCUCCGCAACUGGCAAACUACUAUGUACUUGGUAACUGGGGGAUAAUCCCACCUCAGCUGAAAGAAUUUCACAUGGAGGCAGCAUGCGAAUACAGAAGAAAUUACACAAUUUAUCCAAUCGGGUUUCGAACCCACGCUCACAACCUUGGUGUAGUGACGUCAGGUUACCGUAUACGUAACGGCAAGUGGACGGAGAUUGGGCGUAUGUCGCCACAACUACCACAGACCUUCUACGACAUUACACAUCCAGGAAUGGACAUAAGAAAAGGCGACAUCCUGGCACAUCGGUGCACCAUGAACAGUAUGGCCAGGGACACUGUCACAAAUAUUGGCUCAACCAACCACGACGAAAUGUGCAACUUCUACAUCAUGUACUCCACGUAUGAUGACGAGCUCAUCGGUACAGACUUCUGCUUCAAAGACUCGCAGUACUACCAGUGGCUGGACGACUUCAGUCCUGACGUCAUCCCGAAAGACGCCAGCUCAUUGGACGGUAUCCCGGGGGCGAGCGAAGUCCUCGAGAAAUUUAACGGUAAAGGUGACCAAGGUCACGGUAUGCACGGGUGAUAUUGUAUCAGCUUGUUGGUUUUGUUAAAUAAAUAAACAAAAGGGCUUUGUCCAAACAAGUCA